AUGGCCUGGGCCGCUAACCAUCUGGCCCGCACCUUCAGACACUCAACGCGCGUAGUCAGUGUUCCGGGAACUGCCCUGGAGAUCAGCCUCAGGGCAGUUGAAGAUCAGCUAAAGAUAUGUGGCCACAAGAGGGAUGCUGAUGUCUUUGAGCUGUUCCUUUCUCAAAAGGAACUGACAGAAGUCAUUGAUCUCUCUAGGUUUAAAAAAUUAAAAUACUUAUGGCUACAUCACAAUAAGCUCAAUGGAAUAACAUUUCUAACUAGAAACUAUUGUCUGACAGAACUAUAUCUAAACAACAAUGCCAUAUUCGAGAUAGAAGGCCUGCACUCUCUACCUUCAUUGCAUAUCCUCCUGCUACACCACAAUGAGCUAACGGACAUUGACGCAACAGUGAAGGAAUUAAAGGGAAUGCUCAAUCUGAAGAGCCUAAGUCUCUACCAAAACCCUUUGUGCCAAUAUAACCUGUACCGUUUAUAUAUAAUCUACCACCUUCCAGGAGUAGAGUUGCUUGAUCGAAAUCAAGUUACAGAGAAGGAAAGAAGAUCAAUGAUCACCAUUUUUAAUCACAAAAAGGCUCAUAUUGUUCAAUCAAUAGCAUUCAGAGGAAAAGUAGAUGCCUCCUGGAAUCCUAGAUCACCAUUUAAGCAAAAACCAGCUCAGAGAAUACCUCCAGAUUUUUCAUUUGUGAAUAAUGUGGACAAAACUGUGUUUGAUGACCCAGAAGAUGCUGUAUUUGUAAGGUCCAUGAAGAGAUCAGCUAUGGCUAUUACCUCCCUCAACUGGGACACAGUUCCAACACGAGAGGAAAAACACCUUGAUGAGAAAGGCACAGAAUCUGCUCAAAUGGUCACCAUUACACUGAGAUAA